AUGUACGACACGAAGUCCGUCGACGGCGAGCACUGGGACCAAAGCGUGCCCCCGUCGCCAGCUCCUCAAAGUGAGACAUGCGAGACACGGUCCAUUCGCUCCAUGUCUUCAGCAUCGCGGAACACAAAUCGUUUAUCCAUCACGCUACCCGUGGCUUUGCCCAAUAACCCGAAUGAGAUCAUUGUUGCCAUUGCCGCGCAGGAGCGCCGCGUCCUGGAGCUGCGCGAGGAGCUCUCUCGGGCUGAAGGCGACUUGUCGAAGCUCAAGAAACAGUUUACUGCUUCGGAGGGCCGCCGCAAGAGGGCUUCUGUCCGUGCAACUGAGCCGCUGCGCGCAAUGACACCUUCAAGAGACAAUGGUCCAGACAUUGAAGACCCGAUCGCGGCAAAACACAAGUCGGAAAUGGACAGGAGGAAAGCUAUCCUUCUGGCCCAAAGCCAGGCUCCUCCCAAGGACUCGAAGAGACGAGUCAUGCGGGGCGGGCAUACCCGCACACUUUCAUUGCUUUCUCCAACCAGGUCGACACCAGACACGCCACUCCCAAUAGACAACGAUGCGCUACUUUCUCCGGCGUCGGCGACUUCGGAGUUCCAGCCCGAUUGGCAACCGAAUCUCGCUCGCCUGAACAAGCGAGCUACCUGGACUCCACGGCAAACCCAGCCUCCCUCCGGCAUGAAGCAAAUUGCCAGCGAUUUUCGUCAAGGUCUUUGGACCUUUGUGGAGGAUCUGCGACAAGCCACCGUUGGGGAUGAAGCCAUCUCGGGAACCUCCAAUAGGACGACUGACAUGGCUGCGAGGCCUCACAAAAUGGACUCGGGAGACCAAGACACAAUUCGUGCGUCCACAGUCAACCGGCCGCGGGUCCCUUUCGCCAGCGAUGACAAGUCCGGGAGUAGUACACCAAACAAGUCCGACACUGGGGAUACUGGCUCUCGUGUACAGCACCGGAGAUCCCUUUCGCGCCCCGAGCCCAAGUCCCGCAAGCGAUUCUCCUGGACUCCCCCUACCUUCGAUAACCUUGACGAUGACGACUGGUCGAACUGGGACUCUCCAACCGUCAAAACCUCUAGAUGGAGCGGAAGCACCGCCAAUGGGGAUAUCAUCUCGGCGAUUCCUGAAAAGAAUGAUGAAGGCGAAGGAGCAGGUGGUCAACGUCAGUCCGGAUCUGAGGUUCGAGCCUCUACGCCUCCAUCUACCAGCAAGCUCGAAGAGCUACCCCAGGCCAUUCUCAACCGCUUAACCCCGAGCGGAUUGAAGGGUUUGCCCUCGCAAUUCAUGAAGGACUGGGAGCGAAGUCUAUCUUCCCCGACCGACCCAAACACUUUUGAGGCCAGCUGCCGUGAUAUCCACGCCGUCACUCAGUAA